AAUUAACCUCAAACGCUCAUUAGUGUGCACACAUAGAUACAUGUAUGUACAUAUAAAGACAAAUCAUUGUUUGCCUUGACACUGUAUGGCGGGAUGGAUUCAAUCUCCCUUUUUGCUGAUUCUGUUACCGAUACUGUAUGUGCUGUUUCUUAAACUCUCCCUUUGUUCCACAUCCAAACUGCCAACAUUUUGAAGUUGGUGCAUACAUCUCUUUCCUUUUUGAGAACAGAAAAAAAAACUUUUGUAACAUGAUCCUCUUCUCCGUCCAGAAGAAUAAGUGAAACCCUAACCUUUAUUGUGCCUACAUACAAAGAAUCGUACAUGGCUGGUAGUCUUUGGCGGGGCUUCCAGUGGCUUGGCUUUCAUGCUGCCCAUUCUUAUUCUGCUUGAGAUGAACAUAACCACCUGAUCAGCUCCUAAUAUUCUCUCGGAGACGCUCGGAGAGAGGAGACGAUGGCUUCCAGGGGGAUGCAGAUGGCGGGAUUCGCCAUGGCCCUUUUGGGCUUGACAGGGGUGCUCGUUUCCUGUUUCACACACAUGUGGCGGGUCACUGCCUUCAUUGGCAGCAACAUAGUGACAGCCCAGGUCACAUGGGAGGGUAUCUGGAUGACCUGUGUGGUCGAAAGUACGGGCCAGAUGCAGUGUGAUGAUUACGAUUCCAUGCUGGAUCUGAGCGCUGACGUGCGGGCGGCACAGGCUCUGAUGGUGGUUUCCAUAGUCACAGGCAGUGCAGGGAUUCUCAUCGCUCUUGCUGGUGGAAAGUGCACCAACUUUAUUCCAGGGGAGAGAGCAAAGGCGAGGGUUUCAGUGGCAGCAGGUGUGUUCCUGAUCAUCAGUGGAAUCCUCUGCUUUAUCCCUGUUUCAUGGACUGCCAGCAUGAUCAUAAUGGACUUCUACAACCCUUUGCUAAUGGACGCUCAGAAAAGAGAGCUCGGGGCCUCUCUUUACAUCGGGUGGGUGGCCGGGGGACUGCUGGUCUUUGGAGGAGCGCUUCUGUGUUCCACCUGUCCAAGCGAAGAGGAUGAGACCCCCCCCGUGAAGUUCCUCCUAAACAAACAUGGAAGAAAUAGCAGAGAGGACUCGGUCCGAUCUUUUACACCAAGCAAGACGUACAUUUGAGAAUUCUAAAGGACGCACACAGACAACCCACAAUGAAGGGAAUAUGCACUUAGUCCUCAUAAGAGAAUCACACGUUGGAUGAAUGAAGAUGCUCUCUGUCAGAGAUUGCUUUGAAUAAUUAUGUUACUCUUUGGAAAUGAAAACUUACAAUGUGGCAGUUUAAAUGAUAGAAACGCUUUGUUUUACAUGUUUGGGAAAGUGUUUGAUUUCGGUUGAAAAAUAAUU